GGAGAGAAGAGAGAAAGCAGAGACAAAAUAUUACUUGUGCUAUACAACGAGAAUGAACCCACAGAUUGUAAACAACGAUUUAAAAAAGGUUUUUGAAGAACGUGUUCAGUUAAGUAAAGAAAAGAAAAACGAGGCCAUUAACUACUGGAAACCAAUUGUGGAUGCGAUUGUUGAUUAUGUGUGCAAGAGCGAUGAUCGAUUUUCUUCUCUACUUAGAAUUGGUACAGGUAGUUAUUAUGAAAAAGCACAAGUAAAUAAGGAGCCUUACGAGUUUGACGUAAUGUUGGUCAUAAACAACUUUGAGGUUGGGAACAUCAGCGACGCUACUGCGGCGAUCAUGAACUUCAUGACAGAUCACAAUGAAACAGAACCGCCAUUAGGUAGGUAAUUACAAAACAUUUUAACCUCUCCUGGGAUUAAGCAUGACUACAUGCCAAAUUAUCCUUUAUCAACUUUGGGUCCAGUUGGGGAAGUGAAUGUUUCCUACCUGUUAUAUUAUAACUAACCACUGACGAAACAUAACAUAUAAUCAUGAUACUCGCAUUCUUGUUCGAGUAAUUAUCAGCCAGGCGAAAAAAAUCAAUGCUAUUAACAAUUAUUUUGUAAAUGGCCUCUUUGAGAAAGGGUGGAAAACUCUAUGGCUAAAUUUGCUCUAACUGAACCAGAAAAAUGUUACCCCUACAAAAAGCAGGGGAAUGUUUCAGUUAUUUGUAUUGAACUGAACUGGCUUAUGCGAGCAGUCGCCUGAUACGGUUCAACUCAGUUACGCUCAAAAGUAAUUUGCCGCUCAAACGAUCCAAUUCCUAUUUUAAGUUUAUCUCACGACGGUGAGUCUAACAAGAAUUCGCAGUCCCAUAAGGAGAUCGAAAACGUCUAGGCAUUCAAGCACUGCAAAGCUAUAUAUUACACAGCCCUAAAUUGGCUGAGACAUAACUGAAACAUAUUUACCGCGCGGCAAACAAAACCAAUAAAAAGUCUCUUUAUGACAUUGCAUGCAUAUAUUAUAUACUUGAACAGUCAAUUACCUUCUAGAAAAAGUCUACUUCAAGGAGUGCACUUCUGUGCCUUGUAUACAAAGCUAUUUUUUAAAGUCAGAUCCUUACCGGUUGAUCCAAAAUUUAAGAUAUCGCGAGAGUAGAGUGGCGUCGGUCUUUCAAAUUUAAAAAAUCAGGGUCCAUUGAAUUCCCGGAAUCGUCUGAGUAAGCAUAUUUAGGAGAGCAGUUUUUCUGGAGUUGAGUUCUAAUGGACGGCAUCUAUUAAAGUUGAGGGAAAGAACAACGGAAAUUGUCUCUUUGUGUUGACAUCCUCCAUAAACUAGACGUGAAAUAUUUCCUAGUUGCAAGGGCUCACAGCAAAGAAAUUUGUCUGAAAAAGCGUGAUGCACGUGUAGAGUUGUUGUUUCGCUAAUCUAGUAAACCUAUUGUUUUAUUGCCUUUCUAUCUUGUUCUUUCCGGUCGCCCUCGUGAUUGUAGGUUCCUUAUUACCCCUACUUUGUAAAUUAGUACACCUUUUGCUGUUCAUUACGAUAAAAUACGCAUUCAUUUGGGUGAAACGGCGACCAACAGCGCGAAGAUACAUUAAUUAGCGCGAAAAAGCGAACAUUUGCGCAUAAAUCAAAUUCAAUAACGAUUUUUACCUUUUAAUCAACAUUCAAUAACAUUUUUGGGCAUUCAUUUGCGUCGUUCGACACACGAAAAAGAAAAAUAUACUUUCAUUAAUGCCAACCACAGGCGGCCCAGACGUAGUAUGUGUCACUGAAUGAAUAUAUUAAUAUUCACAUGGACAAAUUAAUGCGAUGAGUCGUCGAAACUCCCAUGGACUAAAAUAGUCCAAAAGUCAAAAUAUAACAAAACAAAGCUAAGAUACCUUUAACUGAACGUAUCCUUGUCUUUCCUGGCCGGUUUAAGUGACAUUUUGUUGAGUUUUGCAAUUGUAGGUACUAUCCACUAAAGAAGAAUUAAAGGCUGGCUACAAAACAAACAGACCAUCUCCACGCGCCUUCACACGAAGCGCUAUAAAUUCGAGAAUAAUCGACGAAUCCGCUCCAAAUAACCAUCGGCUAAUCUGCAGGUAACGUGUGAUCCUGCUUCUGGCUCGCUUGCUCCACAAAACCCAUCGCAACUACACAAUAAUUGCUCGCUCAUCAACAACCACUGUUGACCUUUACGCUUCGGUAUGACCGCAAACGACCAGGUUUAAUACGCGACGUGAAUAUUCAAGCUUAGCGACCGCGUUCGCGCAACAAUGCAGCACUUGCUAUGGGAGGGAUGGUACUAUUGCUUCUAGGUCAAUCAAUUGGGAAAAUAAUAUUGAAGCCCUUGUAAUUUUUAAAAAGAUCCAAUUUGCACUAGGAGCACCGAACAGAUACGAAUCUUAUAGCGGAGCUAAAAAAAAUGAGCGGCAGUGGAAAAAGUGAACAAGAACAUGUACAACAUUUUCUCCAUAAAAAGUGAAAACCAGGACGUUUUCUGAACGUUUCACGUUGCAGUCAUGCAAAUCAACGGCAAGGAAAUGUACAAGAAAGUGUGCUGCAAUUAGACCUAUUGUUGUUUUUCACAGUUCUGGUCAAAGGCAUCCAACCUUUAAUUUUUCACAUUUCACUGACCGUGUUAGGGCCUGUUUACAUGGAGUGGGGGACCCCGGUCUAGUGGGGUUGGUUUCUUUUGUUUUCACGCUCUGGAGGACACAAAACAAAAGAAACUUACCCCACUAGACCGGGGUCCCCCACUCCAUGUAAACAGGGUCUUAGGCUAUUUUUCGUAGAGAGUAAAAUGGAAUCCUAAAAUUUUCAGAUUCAAAAAUGUGAUGAAAGAAGGUAUCUGAAAAAUUAUCUCCUUCAUAAUACUUUAAAUUGCAUCUAAAAUUUUCGGGAAAAUAAUUCUGAAUUCCUCGUAAUUUCGAAAAGACUCAAGUUCCCCUAGAAUGGCCGAACACUGAGAUGCAAAUUUUAUAUAGAGCUAAAAGUACUUUAUGAAUAGCUACAAAAGUGUUUUCAAUUGAAAGUAUUUGAGGAAACAGUCGUUGGCUGGCCCUGUCUCGUUGCCUUCUCCGCUUAGCAUUACACGAUAUAUUUUAUAUUUCUAGUAUGAGCAAACUAUAAAUCAUUAGCUUCGCUUUUAGCCCUCCUGACCUAAAUUUAUGUAAGCGCUGUUUAGAAUGCAUUUUUCGAUCAAAAGUACUCUGGACAGCGUUAAAUGUGUUUUCAAUGCAUUUAGGGGAAAAUCAUCUUUGGGUGCCCCUGAGAUUUGAGAAUAAUAAUAAUAACAAUAAAAGAUAUCGCGCUUAUAAAUUUUACUUUACGAUAUCUUCAGCUGUAUCUUCUAUUCAGCUGCAUAGCGGGGGCCAGAUUUUGCCUUUUUCCUGGGCGGAAAAUUCUCGUCCUCCUUCACCAGUUUGGACAACAUAUUAUGGAGUAAGACGUUGUUAAUCAAAGCAAAUAAGUCUGGUAGAGUCAAGAUCGAACCUAUGCAAGCGGCUGGGCGAACAAUGUGACAGCAGCUGAGACAGCGAAAGUUAGAAGAAUUCGAACUUGAAAACCAGGGAUGCCCUGUUGAAAACUUACGGACGGUCCCGCGAUCACCUUUUGUUUUCUGGUCAAAACUAACGCAGCAAACCUUCGGUCAGUCGAUUGACCUAGAAGCAAUAGUACCAUCCCUCCCAUAGCAAGUGCUGCAUUGUUGCGCAAACGCGGUCGCUAAGCUUGAAUAUUCACGUCGCGUAUUAAACCUGGUCGUUUGCGGUCAUACCGAAGCGUAAAGGUCAACAGUGGUUGUUGAUGAGCGAGCAAUUAUUGUGUAGUUGCGAUGGGUUUUGUGGAGCAAGCGAGCCAGAAGCAGGAUCACACGUUACCUGCAGAUUAGCCGAUGGUUAUUUGGAGCGGAUUCGUCGAUUAUUCUCGAAUUUAUAGCGCUUCGUGUGAAGGCGCGUGGAGAUGGUCUGUUUGUUUUGUAGCCAGCCUUUAAUCCUUCUUUAGUGGAUAGUACCUACAAUUGCAAAACUCAACAAAAUGUCACUUAAACCGGCCAGGAAAGACAAGGAUACGUUCAGUUAAAGGUAUCUUAGCUUUGUUUUGUUAUAUUUUGACUUUUGGACUAUUUUAGUCCAUGGGAGUUUCGACGACUCAUCGCAUUAAUUUGUCCAUGUGAAUAUUAAUAUAUUCAUUCAGUGACACAUACUAAGUCUGGGCCGCCUGUGCGCCAACAUUCGAGUCAUUCACAUUAACUUGAAAAUCAUUAGGGACAAUAGACAAACAUUUAAGUGCAAACGCUAUUCAUUAACAUUUUUAUGACAGUGUUUGCAAUUCAAUAACGUUCCUGGACAGCUGUAGAAUGGAUAAGACAAACAUUAAUGCGCUUUACAAUCAAUUGAGCGUUCUUUACAUUUAAUAUACAAAAAUAUAGUUUCAAUUAAACAAAACCAAUUCCUCCCCAAAAUUGGCCUGAAUUUGUUUAAAGCCUGGUUUCCAUAUGAUCGCCCGGAUCGUCCCGAUCGCCCUAGUCAUUUCAAAAUAUUUCGAGACGAUCCGGACGACUGGGGCGAUUGGUAGUUUACAUAUGAUCGUCUCGAUCGCCUCAAAGGCAAGAGACGCAGGGUCGUAAGCGAUGUCUCUGGAUCAGACAAUAUAAUUUUUGCGCGUGUUUUGCAAACAAGCCACAUAAAUGGAUGAUUUUUAUUCGUAAAGCGAACAUCGUACCUUGGUAUCUGCUUUUUCUGUUGAUUUUGCGGCAUUGAGAAGCUACAAGAGCCACCCGAAGACACAGUAUCUUUUCGAAAACUUGAUUUCACGGACUUUCUCUAAUUUCAAAUAACCCCCUUACGCGCUGCAAACAUUUGUGUAUUAGUUUUCGGCUUCAGCGCCAUCCGGGCCGAAUUUAUUCAGGGGUAUCCAACGAGAAUAUAGUUCAAAACCACUUAAAUAUAGCAUUGUUAAACGUAUUUUAGUAUUUAAACGGUAGAUAUAGGCAUAUUUUUAUCCCCUAAAAAUUUUUCAUCUGUUCGGAUUUCUUAGCUGAAAGUUUAGUGAUCCGAAAAUUUUAGGAAUCAAAACUUACCUUUUUGAAAAUUUCAGCCAGAAAAAAGGCUCCCGAAAAUUCUAGGUGAUCUUUUCAGGGUAAAAAUCCGUUAAAAAUGGGCAAUUAUACCAUUGUUUAGACGUUCGAAAGUCCUAGGAGAGGCAGGCAAGCAAGAAAUUUUAUAGGAAAAUUCAUUACCUGACGAGGGAAUUCCACGUUAAAUUGCACGCGAAAACCGUAUUUCGCACGAAUCGCAACAGCCGAGAAACGUUAACGACACUCGUUUUGAAACAUCGCAAGACUCGCCAUGACAUUCCACGCAGCUGCAUGAUAUUUAAUAUAUAGAUUUAGCCAGGGCUAAAAGCGAGGCUCCCAUUAAUAAAUUUAUAAUUUAAAUUAAACAAUAAACUUGUAUUCGAAUUCCACAAUUCAGUUAACUUUAGAGCACAUUUAUGUGACUUUUGAGGGAAAGGCUACCUGAUUUUAGAGAAAAAUAAUUUGCAAACAGCCCAAGAGUGAACCAAAUCUUAGAAAAAAACCAAAUAGCAUCGGGCGUCCAUCUUUGUGCUUCGCGCCAAAACAGAGCAGCAACUUUGCAACCGGAUGUGAUGUCAUAAAUCGGUGGAUCAUGGGUACACGAAACAAGUACUAGGGGCUAUUGGAGUCGUCCCCCCUGAUGAAUACUUAUGUCAACUAUUAAAGAAAUAGACACAAAUAGUAAUAGCUCAUUUAUUAGAAUUAGAAGAUGGACUUCUCCGACUACUGAUCUCAUGUAGUUUGAAGUAUUGAAAUGCCGAGUUUCGAUGAUCUUGAAGAAGUUUAAAUCAUUUUCAUUCAGCAAAUGCGAUACAAAAACUCGCAUAAACAAAGGUUACACAUUCAAAUAGAAAGACACACUAAUCAGUUCGAAGAAACAUUGAAACUUUUCAAGUGCGAAGAGAAAGUAAAUUACCUGCAUGAUUUCUCUUCUCCUCGGCCGUCAAUCUGAAUUCUGCGUAAAUUUUUAAAUAUGAGCUUAGUUUUAGAUAUAGUUACAACAUUAAGUGGUUCGAGUGGAUUAAAAGCGUAAAUCUGCGCAGAAGGAGAUGCUAAUUAGGCGCUGUCAAAGAUGGUCGUUUCUUUUAUCGCUCCGUCGUUUUCGAUGUAAACUCCGCUUAUAACCAUGGAGCGCACUUAAUUUUUAUCGAAUGGCAGCCAAAACUGACUCGCUUGGGAAGAAUGACGUUUCCUCUAGAAGAAGGGCAAAAAGAAUAAGGGAAAAAGGCUCUCAAACCGACGACGACCUCGAGGAGCUUCCCGACCACGAGUGUGACGCCACGCUGAAACAGUGAAAGCCCUCGACGAUAUCAGGAAUAAGUUAGAAAGCUUACUUCUUCUCAAACCAGCUGUUGAUGACCUAAAAUCAGUAAUUGCUAAACUCACAGAGGAAAAAAAGCAACUAAUGGAAAGUUUGAAUUCUGCAACUAAGGAAAUUCAAGAAAUUAAAAAUGCUGCCGCGGCGACUGAAAAGGUGACUGCUGCAAAGAAAAUGAUCAGUUGAAGGCUGAAGUCGACAAAUUAGUAUGUCGCAACAUACGUCUUGAAGCUCAGUCAAGAAGAAGCAACUUCAGAAUUUACGGCGUCAGAGAUUCUUCACAUGAAACUCCAGCAGAACGAGCAAGUGUUGAGAAACGUCCUGAUACAACAGCUUCAAAUACCUGAACAAGACGUAAACAAUAUGAGCUUCGAAAGAGUUCAUCGAAUUUCUAACACCCGAGCUGUUAAUCAGACCAACAAAUCUAAGAGUCCGCGCCCAAUAAUCGCCAAAGCCAGCUUCUAUCAAGACUAGGAGCAAAUUUUUUCAUACGCUAGAAGCUUACCAAAAGGCUCAAAGAUCGGUGUUGCCAGUGACUUCCCAAAGAAAUCGCCGAUAUGCACAAGAAACUUUACCCAAUCUUGAAAGAUGCUAAAGCCCAGAAGAAAAAAGCUUUCUUUAAUGUCGACAAACUUAUUAUUGAAGGGCAAGUUUAUCGUGGAAAAGAAACUAAAGAUCUUCCUCUGUACGGUAAAGUUAUGGUACAUGAUUAGUCAGUUGCUGUAAAUAAUUGAUUCCUUUCGCGCUCUCAAGAGUUGCUUCGCUCAUAGCGCCUACUUAUUUAGCAUUAAACUGUUCAUAGGGAACCCGUUUAGGUGUAAGAAGAGGUUUCCCUACUUUGAGCAAUUUGUGCUCUAGUAACUGUGUGUUUUGUGUCUUAGCGUUUCUGUAUAACCGUUUCUAUUUACAUGUUUAGAAUCUAUUUUGAUAUACUUAGAUUUAUCUCCCUACAGCUUAGUCUUGUACUCCUUCAGUUUGCGAUAAGGCUGAUUACUAAUGUAUAUUAUUUAAUUUACAUUAAGUACACCUUCAAAUCAAAAUUGCUCACAUUCGAAACGUUUUUUAAUAUCUUCCUCAACGAAACCGAUAGAAUAUUCUAUGCUGCUAAUUCACGGCUGCCCCGUUUAGACUCUCCUUUUGUUCUUUAAACGUAAGAGGUUUAAAUCAAGCUAGAAAGAGACGGCGGGUGUUUAGAUGGCUCCACAAUCAAAAAUUCGACGUUGUUUAUUUACAAGAAACUUACUCUUCCAAAAGUGUUGAAGAAAUAUGGAAAGCAGAAUGGGGAGGGAAAAUUUAUUACAGUCAUGGAACAACACAUUCAAAAGGUGUGAUGAUAUUAUUUAAACCGAGUCUGGAUUUCGAAACAGAAAGCAUCUUCGCUGAUAAGAAUGGACGAUAUAUACUUUCUAUUAAAAGCCAACGUGCUAGAAUCUUCCUUCUUGUUUAGCAACAUUUACGCGCCAAAUGACUCUACCGCCCAGAUAGCUUUCUUUCGCAAUCUUGAUAACAUUCUCCUAUACCAUUUGCAGAUGCACAAAUCAUCUUGGGAGGUGACAUGAAUUGCCCAUUAACACCUACAGAUAAAAUGGGUGGUGCUACUGUUCAGAAAAAACAAAAAGUCAUUGACGAGAUUGAAGGCUUAACCCGGCGUUUUAAACUUCAUGACAUUUGGAGAAAUCAACAUACCAACAAAACACAAUUUACAUGGCGUAACAAUUCCUUGAAAGUGCAAUGCAGCUUACAUUAUUGGCUUGUGUCGAAAGAAUUGUUGAUGUCUGUCAUUGAUACUAAUAUCACCAACCCCACAAUAUCUGAUCAGAGCGCUAUCACUUUCACUCUUCAAUCGAAAGAAUACGCUAAACGUGGACCUGCGUUUUGGAAAAUUAAUAACGCUUUGCUGAAAGAUGCAAAUUUCAUUGACGAGCUCGUAAGCAAAAUACCCGAAUACAAAAGCAAACACUGUUACCUUACUAAUGAAGGCCUGUACUGGGACAUGCUCAAGAUGGAGAUUAGAGGUUUCUGUGUACAAUGCUCAAAAAUGAAAAACAGAAUAAAAAGAAAUAAGGAACGAGACCUUCAGAAAGAAAUUGAUCACCUAAUGGCCUUGCUGCAAUCCAACAGAUCGAAAGAAAAUAUCACUAAACUCUACCAAUUAAGAGCUCAACUCAAUCAGAUUGCUGAAUAUAAAACCGAGGGUGCAAUGAUUAGAAGUAGGAUAAGCUGGCACGAAAAAGGAGAAAAGAAUACUAAAUACUUCUUAAAUCUUGAGAAAAGGAGGUUUGCAAAAACUCAUAUAACUAGGCUUAAAACAAGUACUGGCUCGGAAACUUCUUGCGAAAAAGAGAUUUUGGAAAUGCAGAGAGCAUUUUAUGAAAAUUUAUAUACGAGCGCUCCCUGUGAUAUUAUUGCACGCGAUGCUUUCCUGGGAGACCCUAACCUCGUCAAACUCGACGAAAACGAGCUAAAUGAACUUGAACAGCCUUUGUCGAAAAUCGAAUGUUUCAACGUUCUUAAACAGUGUGCUAAAAACAAAUGUCCGGGCAGCGACGGUCUCUCAGUUGAGUUCUAUUUGCACUUCUGGCAUCUACUUGGUGAUGAGAUGGUCCAAAGCUUUAACUAUGCUCAUAAAGUAGAACAACUCAACAUAACACAAAGACAAGGUAUAAUAAAGGUCAUACCGAAAAAACGCAAGAACAGGUUGUAUUUGGAACAUUGGAGACCGCUAACGUUACAUAGCGUCGAUUAUAAAAUAGCAACCAAAUCUAUAGCCCAUAGAAUCGCAUAAGUCCUCCCCAAAUUAAUAAACGAAGACCAAACUGGCUAUGUCAAGGGCCGCUAUAUAGGACAGAACAUUAGACUCAUUAACGAUAUCAUGAAGAUAACUGAGCUAGAAAACAUUCCCGGCAUGGCGAUUUUUGUGGUUUUUAAAAAAGCUUUUGACACCGUCGACUGGAACCUCCUUUUUAAGACCUUGGAGGCAUUAAAUUUCGGCCCUCAGUUACUACAGUGGAUCCGAACCUUUUACACUGACUGUUCUAGCUGUGUAGUAAAUAAUGGUUACGCCUCUGUCUUCUUUAAACUACAAAGAGGUGUUCGCCAAGGGUGCCCACUUUCCGGCUCCCUAUUUGUGUUGUGCGCUGAAAUUCUUGCUACUGCAAUAAGGUCUAAUGCAAAUAUUCAAGGAAUCAACAUAUAUGGAAAGGAAUUCAAAAUUUCACAAUACGCAGAUGAUACCACUGUUUUUGUUUCUGAUACAAGAUCUGCCCAAAAUCUCUUCCAUCUGCUCCACGCUUUUCAAAAAUGCUCUGGUCUUGAAGUAAACAGAAGCAAGACAGAGGGCUUGUGCCUAGGCGCGAACAAAAACAACCCGGAAGAACCUCUUGAUAUUGCAUGGCCAAAAGAUCCUGUAUUUGCACUUGGUAUUCACUUCUCUUAUGAUGACAAAGCUGCUUUCAAAAGGAACUUUGAACAGAAACUGUCCUCGAUGGCUUCCUUUCUAAAGUUAUGGUACCCUAGGAACUUAACUUUACAUGGUCGAAUUGUCAUUUUAAAAGCAUUAGCCCUCUCCAAACUUAUUUAUAACACUGCUGUCCUCACUGUCACCUCCACAUUUAUUCAAAAAGUUAAUAAAGCUAUUACUCAAUUCGUCUGGCAAAAGAAAAAACCAAAAAUAAAACAAACUACCCUGAUUGACCCUAAAGAAAAAGGUGGUCUCACAUUGCCUGAUUUUGACAUAAUCAACAAUGCUCUCAAAGCAACUUGGAUCAGAAGACUAGACAGCUGUCAUCCCACUGCGAGUUGGACUCACAUUCCUGUUUCCCUGCUAGAGCGUGUUGGUGGUCUCUUUCUCCUUAAAUGUAACUUUGAACUUAAACAUCUUAACAUACACAUUCCAUUGAUCUUUUAUGAGAAAGCCUUGUUGGCCUGGCAAUCUAUAAAUUCGUUCACUCCCUCCUCAAAAGAAGAAAUACUGAAUGAAAUCUUAUGGAACAACCGCUUUAUUAGGAUCAACGAUUAUUCAGUAUACUAUAAAGCAUGGCAUGUAGCGGGUGUUGAAAAAAUUGGAGAUCUCUUCAACGGCAAUACCUUUCUAUCUCACCAAGACUUCUGCUCUUAUUUUGGUCUUAAAACUACUUUUCUUACCUACUACGGUUUAUGCAAAGCAAUUCCUCCUAACUGGAUUAAAAUAAUGAAAGGUAAAUUACAACCGCCUUCGAAUAAGUCCUUAAGUACGGAUAGAAUUCCCGUUGAGAAGCUUUCUUCUAAACUUGCUACCCACUUUUUUGUUGAAAGGAAAUUUGUUCCUGCCACCGCCAAAAAAAGACUCAGAAAAGCUAGUUUAAAUGAACAGUAAAUUUCUCAAAUUUACAAGAUGCCUUUCAGUGCUACGAAAGACAUACAACUCUCAAUGUUUCAGUUCAAGAUCUUACACCACAUCUUACCCACCAACGCUACACUAUAUAAAUUCGGAAUUAAAGAACAUGACCGCUGUCAUUUAUGCGCUGAAAAGCAAACAAUCACACACCUAUUUGUGACUUGCCCCAAUGCUCAGCUGUUUUGGACACAUUUUUCAGUUUGGUGGCGCGAAAAUAACAUUGAGAUCUCGCUUUCUGAAGCACAAACACUUUAUGGCAUUACAGACACCGUGCCUCAGUGUCUUGGUUUAAACCUCUGCUUGAUAAUUGCAAAAUACUAUAUUUACACCGCGUCUGAAAAUGAGGAAGAUUAUUUUUUCGAUGCUUUUUUGUCUAUCCUUAAAAAUAAAAUACAUAUUGAAACUAGCAAAGCUAAGGUGCAAGUCAAGCUGUAAAAAUAAUUUUCUUGAUUCUGGCUAAUUUCCCUUGUUUUUUGGCUUUUUUGUUUUUGUUUUGUUUGUUAUUUAUUUAUUUAUUUAUUUUUUGUCGUUUUUAGCGUAUUUACUCUUCGUUAAUAGAUAGUAAGUUAGUAAUUAGUUGUAUCAGAAUUCUUUUUUUCAUUAUUUUGUAACAGGCUCCAACUCAUCGGCUCCUGUUUUGUAAGCAUUAUCUUGUAAGUUAAUAUUAUGUAAGUAAGUAGUAUUUAACUUAGCAAGUUAUAUGUAAGUAGGUAUUAAAGCUUUAUGUAACUUAGUAAGUACUAUGUAAGUAAGUUAGCAUUAUGUUUGUUAAAACAAUAAAAAUUAAAAAAAAUAAAAUAAAAAAUAUAAAUAUAAAAAGAAAUAAAUAAAAUAAAUAAAUAAAAUAAUAAGAAAAAAAUCUGAGCAGAAAUUAGACACAACUUACAUAUUUCGCCUUCCUCUCACUUAAAUCAGGUGAACUGAAAACUUUUUUACGAGAAGACGAGAUUCUUGAAUUACCGAGACGGCAAAAUACGAACAAAAUGUUCUCCGUAGUUGCGACUACUCGAAGCAGCUCAGCAACUCACCGUAGCCGCAGGACUACGCGAGAAGAAUGAACAGUCACGUGGUUUUGAUCUUGCGCAGUAGCAUGUUUAACCGUAGUCGUAGUCCUUAGCUAGUAGUCGCCGUAUCUUAAACUCCCUACUCCCUGUUAAGACUACGGAAGGUUCUAUAGUUCGGUGACGGAAGUAAUUUUUUUUCGCUACCUGUCAAUGCCUCAAGUCAGGGAGUUUAAAACGACGGCUAUAGCGGUGGAAACGUCGCGAUUAUUCUUGAUUCUUUGAUUAAAGCACCUUGAACUUCAGGCGUUCCCCUUGAGGGGGAGAAAAUACUUCCGGUCACCGUGGUUACAAAAUGAGAAAUGCUAGCGGCCACCAAUGCAAGGUGAAAAUGAGCGGCAGUGAAAAAAAAGUGAACGAAAAAAACGUGUAACUAAGAAGUUUCUGGAAGUUUCACGUUGUAGUCGUGCAAAACAACGGCAAAGAAAUGUACAAAAAAGUGUGCUGCACGUGCAAAGUUGCUUUUUUGCUAAUUAGACCUAUUGUUGUUUUUCACCGUUCUCCGGCGUUGCCUUCGCCGCUUAGCAUUACAUGAUUUUAUAUUUUGUUUGAACAAACUAUAAAUAUUAUCGAGAGCUUCGCUUUUAGCCCUGGCUAAAUCUAUAUAUUAGGAGCUUUAAGAGAAACCGUUGUCUUGACUGCGUUCAGUGUGCGUUUAAUAUUUAGUCUCCUUGUAAACAGGCUCCAUUAAUAUAGUCGUAAAUUAAAUUACGGCUUUGUCAUUGAACAGUAACAUCAUAGCUUUGAAAUAUUUCUUAUUUGGUCUUUAGGAUUUACACAAGUUUAUGUUGGUAAGAAAACGGAAUGGCAGCGAGACGGUUGUGUUGAUGCUAAGGGAAGGUUAAAUGCCUACAAGGUCAAAGCAGCAUUCGCAAGGCUAGUCAAAGAUGCCAUAAGAGCUCUUCAGAAUCGAAAUGAUUACUCAAGGUAAUAGUGACAGAAAAAUUUGUGUAAGAUGCUCAGGAAGCCAAAAGAUCUGCAAGUUAAUAUGAAAAUUCCGAAACAAUACUGUCAUAUGCUUCUGAUUAAGAGUAAAAAAAAUACAAUAAAUAAAAAUAGAAAACAAACUUUUUUUGUCUCAUCGGAAAAAUGCAAAUUGUAAAAAACAUGGCUGUCAGCACUCCGUUGCCAUGGUACCUUCAAUGUUUACGUACACGUCACGAUGACUUUAAAAUUCUCCCAGAUAAUUUUUAGGAAAGUCGGUAAGUUUGGUUGCCAGCUUAAACGAUUUUGAAGUUAUUCAACUUUUUCGCGAGAGGAGGCACGAAAAGUUCCCCUUGGGCUGAAUAGGGUUAAAUGACCAAUUAAAUGUCAAGCAAGAAAGCUUUGGUUGCUUCAGUCGAGUCGGAAGCGAACCUGGGGCCAAGUUAAUAAAAACUUUUACAAGUGUAAUGUUUAAAUUGUAGCUAUUGUAUUUAGACUCUAGAACAAUGGCUACACUUGUAAAUUACACUUGUCAUGAAAAGUUUUACUAAAUUAACCCCUUAAUUUUAUAACUGCUAAAUAUGUAUGUGUAACCAAAUGUAGCCUGGGAAAACAGCCGACAUUUGGCGAUGAAACCAGUGGUAGCGUCGCCAAAUGUCACCUGUUUUCUCAGGCUAAAUCAAAUGGUGACGAGUGAAAUUAGGGAAUAAUUUCACGCGCGUUUUGUCCAAAUCUUAAUAAUCCAAAAGCGAGGGAAAUUAUUAGAAUUUGGAUAAAACGCAGGUGAAUUAUUCCCUAAUUUCACGAUUAUACCAUUUGAUCACCUAUUAAUAUUAUGGGCGACGAAUUUAUACGCUCUCAAUCGUUGGUUUUUGUUAUGUUUCUCAAAUUGAUUAUCGAUUGAGAACUCCGCCACCUAAAACUUUACAGCUUAAAUUUUGGCUUAAGUUCAUAAUUUUCAGAAUAUUUCAACAAAAUAUUAUAUAACCUGUUAGAAUCCUUCUUGAUGUGUUCUUUCGUGUGUAGGUUUCUCUGAAGCGUCCUUUAAAUGCCUUGGCACCUUCAUUCAUAACAUUUUAAAACUUUACCGCCAUCUUGGCACUGUAAUAUAACGUAUGGAACAUUGCCAUGGCAAUUUUGUAAUUUCACAUGUGAAAUUAUAAAUUAGUAUAGGUAAUAGCAUGAUUCGUAGUGAUAUUUGGCGUAAAUACCACGAGUGAUAUUUCAAAAUUGUUAGACGUAAUUUCACGAGCCGUUAGGCGAGUGAAAUUUGAGACAAUUUUGAAAUAUCAAGAGUGGUAUUUAUGCCUAAUAUCACAUACAAAUCAUGCUAUUAUUUGUUUAUACUACUACCCGCAAGAAGUUUGUAAUUUUCACAUGUAGGUAUUUCAAAUUAAGUUGAAAUACCACUGCUCUAAGCCAAUCAAAUUGCAGAAAUUUCUCAUAUGGUAGUAUAAACGCUGACAUUUCGCGCCAAAAUUAAGGAGUAAUUCGUCACCCAUGAUAACCUGCAACACCACCGGAUAAAUUAAUUGUUGUUGCAGACGGUUUGUUACACCGGUGAGGUUAAUUCAUCACUCGAAAUAUAUGUUUGGUGAAUGAAAAGCACAAUUAAAGGUUAUGCAGUUGUGAGCUGAAAGUUACCGUACAUAAACUUUUUCAAAAACCAUCUUCUUAUGUCAGAAAUAUUUCUAUAAACAAAGAUUAAAAGCCGGGGACAGAUAUAGAGAGAAUUUAAUUUCCGUUACAAUCUAUUUUAUCUAGACUAAUCCCCCCUUAAACUGAUGCUAGCAUAACGUUUGGAUCCCCUCAGAUAAAUUAUCUCAUUGCUUCUUAUUAUUAGUCUCAUAUUCAGAUAUGUUGAUGUAAAGUCUAAUGGACCUGCAGUGGCGCUGAAAAUUACCAACAUAUUUAACCAGAGAGAGUAUUCUGUAGACUUGACCUUGGCCAUCAAAUGCGUCGACUGGCCUAGACAAGCCGAGGAAUGGAUCAGAAGGUCCAGAAAUGGUAACUUGCUCAGUUUUCUGUUGUUCGGCAGUAAGAAGUUAUUCGCAAAAAGUAAAUAAUUUCAUUAGGGACAUUAAGUUGAAUUCCGGCAUAAAAAAACUACACUACACGCUGUAGCUUACACAUAAUACUCAUUUGCAGAUACAAGCCUUCUAAGAAGGAUGACGUUAGCAGGGCAUAUGUUAAAAUUAAAAUUAUUCAUUAUUCAUGAUUUUUUAUCUAUCUACCAUAAUUUAGGUUGGCCUAAUCAGCUGCUUGUUCAGGAAAUUUGGGAAGAGGGCUGUUACCUCGUUGCAAAGCAACCAAAAGGAAUAGAUAUUCCAGAGCAGGAAAAGAAGGUGUUCUGGCGUCUUUCCUUCUCGGGAGCUGAGAAAAAGCUGUUACUUCAUGGGGCCCACGGGGAAGAAAUUGGUUGCCGCAAGCAAGUUUUGCGUUUAAUGAAGGCGUUCAGAGAUCAUAUGAAGUGGGUUAAAUUAACAUCGUAUCACUUGAAAACCAUUAUGUUGUAUGAGUAUGAGGCCCACCCUAAUCCAAAUGAUUGGAGCUCUGAAUGUCUGAGUUUCAGAUUCAUUGGCUUUCUCUACAAGCUGGAAUGCCACUUGAGGCAGGCAAACUGCCCCCAUUAUUUCAUUGAAGGCGUCAAUUUAUUGGAGAUGGUUUCACCAGAAAAAUGUUCUGAGAUGGCUGCCAAAGUGCGACAGUUGAAAUUUUUCUUAGGCAUCCAGUUACUCAUAAGUUUAUUAUGGCCUUUAAAUUUAAAUCAGUAAGUAGCAUUCCUGUCCUAAAGUAGGAUAAUACACAUGUAUAAUAGUAUUUUUUCACAUUUCAGUCCAUCUUUUGUCGUAUAUUUUAUACUGCGUACCUAACAGCUAGAUAUAGCUUCAUAGUCGUGUUUUCCUGUAGGAUAAAUAAUUUAAGAAUAUUCUUGUC